CAUUUCCAUAUCUUCAUCGACGCUCGCUCUGCAAACCAUGACGCAGCAUUAACACACUCGUUCCGUUAUUUUGGCUGUCGUCGGUUCUGCGCCUUGCUGUUUUUGCAUAGAAUCUGUUUUCUAUUCCUUCUCGUCUUCAUUCUCCUAAUCACACCAUCUUGAUCUUCACCACGGGUUUUCUUUUCUUUUUUCAAUAGCACACUUCUCUCGCUAAUCAAACACCAUCACGAUAACGCCCAUCUCGUUAAUCAGACCCUCUUCGCCCUUAUUUUCUGGUGCUUGCGCCGCACUGCCAGUCUCUUAUACAUCAUGCGCGCGACAUCCGUUUUGGCCGCCGCCUUGGCCCUGGCCUCUCAGACUCUCGCCGGCAAGAUCAAGUAUCUGGGCGUCGCAAUCCCCGGAAUAGACUUUGGAUGCGACAUUGACGGCAGCUGCCCAACCGACACCUCGUCUGUGCCUUUACUGAGUUACAAGGGAGGUGAUGGCGCGGGCCAGAUGAAGCACUUCGCCGAGGACGACGGCCUGAAUGUCUUUCGUAUUUCCGCUACAUGGCAGUUUGUCCUCAACAACACGGUGGACGGCGAACUGGAUGAGCUCAACUGGGGAUCCUACAACAAGGUCAUCGAUGCCUGUCUGGUGACGGGUGCCUACUGCAUGAUUGACAUGCACAACUUUGCUCGCUACAACGGCGGAAUCAUCGGCCAGGGAGGAGUGUCGGACGACAUUUUUGUCAAGCUCUGGGUCCAGAUUGCAAAGUACUAUGUGGACAAUGAAAAGAUCAUCUUCGGCCUGAUGAACGAGCCUCACGACAUCGACAUCAACCUGUGGGCGCAGACCUGCCAAAAGGUCGUCACCGCCAUCCGAAAGGCCGGUGCCACGUCGCAAAUGAUUCUCCUGCCCGGAACCAACUUUGCCAGUGUCGAGACCUAUGUGUCCACCGGAAGCGCUGAGGCUCUCGCCAAGAUUACAAACCCCGAUGGCAGCACCGACUUGCUGUACUUUGACGUGCACAAGUACCUUGACAUCAACAACUCGGGAUCCCACGUCGAGUGCACGACCGACAAUGUCCAGGCUUUCAACGAUUUCGCGGGCUGGCUGAGACAGAACAAGCGCCAGGCUAUCAUCUCGGAGACGGGCGCGUCCAUGGAUCCUUCGUGCAUGGUUGAUUUCUGCGCCCAGAACAAGGCCAUCAGCGCCAACAGCGAUGUGUACAUUGGCUUCGUCGGCUGGGGUGCUGGCAGCUUUGACACCACCUACAUCCUGACCCUGACUCCCCUGGGCGAGCCCGGCAACUACACCGACAACAAGCUCAUGAACGAGUGCAUUCUGGACCAGUUUACCCUUGACGAAAGGUACAAGCCCACGCCUACUUCUAUUUCAACCGCCCCGGAUUCGACGUCCACCUCCAGCGCAACCAGUGACAACUCCUCACCAUCAUCAACACAGCCCAUCAAGCAGACCAACCCCUCUACAACUGCAAACCCCGUCACAAAACCAUCACCCGAUACCAACAAUGCCUCCGAUGACAAGGGCUCAGCAGCGUCAUCGGGUGCUCAGGCUCUGACCGGCACCAUCUUCCUGACGGUUGCCGCUCUUUGCUACAUGUUGGUGGUGUUUUGAUGAUUGAUUAAACCAGGCAUGAUUUGAAGAGAGAUGUUAUAUAUAUAUACGAGUACAUACACUAGAAUUUUAUUUUUAAUAUGUCAUGUAGAAAUGCAUAUAAUAAUUGAGCGGCUCGGGCUGGCUGGGAUUUGCC